CCAUUCCUGAUCUAUUUUUUUUCUGUUUCAUUUUCUUUUUACGAGAUUUGUGGACUUUUGCCAAGCCCUAUUUCAUGCAUGUCCACUGGGGGCAGGUUCAACUUUGACGAUGGGGGGUCAUACUGUGGCGGGUGGGACGAAGGCAAGGCUCAUGGCCAUGGCAUCUGCACGGGGCCCAAAGGCCAGGGCGAGUAUGCUGGUGCAUGGAGCCAUGGUUUUGAGGUCCUGGGUGUGUACACAUGGCCCAGUGGCAACACUUUCCAGGGCACGUGGGCCCAGGGCAAGCGCCAUGGCAUCGGCGUGGAGAACAAGGGCAAGUGGGUGUACAAGGGAGAGUGGACGCAUGGAUUUAAGGGGCGCUACGGAGUGCGGGAGAGCACCGGGGCCAGUGGCAAGUACGAGGGCACGUGGAACAAUGGGCUGCAGGAUGGAUAUGGAACAGAGACCUACUCGGAUGGAGGUACAUACCAGGGCCAGUGGGUGGGUGGCAUGCGGCACGGCUACGGUAUCCGACAGAGCGUCCCUUACGGCAUGGCGGCCGUGAUCCGCUCUCCGCUGCGCACCUCCAUAAACUCUCUACGCUCUGAGCACAGUAAUGGCACAGCGGGUACACCAGGCACGGGAGGAGGCAUCAGCCCGGCGGCGUCACGCGGCGGCUUUGUCCUGACAGCUCACAGUGAGGCGGAACUUCUGAAGGCAAAAAAGAAAGGACUGUUCUUUCGGCGCUCGCUGCUCAGUGGCCUGCGUCUGCGCAAGUCAGAGUCAAAAAGCUCGCUAGCCAGCCAACGCAGCAAGCAGAGCUCGUUCCGGAGUGAGGCAGCUAUGAGUACAGUGAGCUCUGCUGCGUCAGAUGUCAACUCCACCAUCAGCCUGGGCGAGGCAGAGGGGGAGCUCCUGCCCACCAGCACCAUCACCAAUGAUGACGGCAAUGACGACGACGGUGUGGACGCUACAGCCACCGAGAGCUACACGGGCGAGUGGAGGAACGACAAGCGUGCUGGCUGCGGCGUGAGCCGACGCUCCGACGGCCUCUGUUACCAAGGGGAGUGGUUGAGCAACAAGCGCCAUGGCUACGGGUGCACCACAUUUCCUGACGGCACCAAAGAGGAGGGAAAGUACAAGCAUAACGCACUGGUCAGCGGCAAACGCAAGAAUCUGAUCCCGCUACGUGCUAGCAAGAUCCGUGAGAAGGUGGACCGUGCCAUCGAAGGUGCAGAGAAGGCGGCUGAAAUUGCGAAGCAGAAAGCGGAGAUCGCUUCAUCCAGGACGGCCCAUGCGAGAGGGAAGGCGGAGGCAGCCACGAUGGCGGCACAGAAAGCGCAGGAGGAGUGCAGACUGGCCAGAAUCGCAGCUAAAGAGUUCUCACCUACAUUUCAGCAUCGAGGAAACGGAGUGGAGUGUGAGAGGCCAAAGCCACAGCCCUCGAGUGAUAAUGAUGUAGAGAUGAUGUCGAGCGAGACUCCUGACAGCACCGAGCUCUACAUGAAAGGCUCGACUCCUCCAGAGCUCACUCCUGAUGCCAGCCCGGGUCCAAGUCCCACCUCCAAACCUCGGGCCCGCCCCAAAAACGCCCGAUUCUUGCGACAGAGUGCCGUGGACGACGAGAGGGGCGGAGCCUCCGAAAUUCAGGUUCUGGUGGAGGGCCGCAGCCAUGGGAGGCCGAGCACUGGGAGCGGAUUAGGGGAGGAAUGCCCGAGAACGGCCAACACCAACGGACACCGGCACUCAUCAUCCAAUCACAAGCCCUCGUCGCGGGAGCACGGAUCCUCCAAUCACAAACCGUCGUCACGGGAGAAGUGGGCGGAGUGGACUUCGCACCGGACGCAGACACGGUUGCUCGAGCAGGACGAGGAGAAGCUGAGCAACUACGAGAUGGAGAUGAAGCCGCUGCAACCCAUGGACACAAACUCCCAGAAGCCCUAUGGGCAAGGGGAGGAGCGUCACCGGGGCAAGAACCGGGGCAAAAACCGGGACCGAGAAAGAGACAGGGAGAGAGACAGGGACAGAGAGAAGGAGAGAGACAGAGAGAGAGAGGACACGGCACGGGCCGGUGUGGAGUCGGUGCAAAAGCUGGACAGUCUACGUGUAGGAGAGAAACUGGAGGCUCGGCCUCUGCGCAGGGACCUCAUGCUCUCGCCCCCGCAAAAAUCCUCACCCAUUGCACUAGAACACGACAACGAGAAACACACACAGCUCAAAGCCAACUCGGCCUCCAGCUCUAUUCUGGUUGUCAUGGUGAUUUUGCUCAACAUCGGAGUUGCCAUUCUGUUUAUUCACUUUUUUAUUUAAAACUCUUGUCAUUUCCUUUAUUUGUUUUAUUUAUGAGUCAGUUGCGUCUUUAUCUGGCUCUGACCUGAAGGAAGGAAGGAAGGAAGGAAGGAAGGAAGGAAGGAAGGACACACAAAAGGAAUUUACAGUCAACUCGGGGCUCAACAAA